CCACUGCGGUUCCUCCCUGGCAGCAGAGGACCACACCGACCUGCACGGCCCUCGACAAGGACGGAGAAAUGAGCUCGUCCUGCAUCGUCCUGCAUCGCACCAACGUGAGCGGGUGACGGCUCUCUACUUUUCCCCCCUUCCUGGACGCACACACGCAAACACACACGCACAGUAUCACAGAAGACCCGCACACACCGGUCUGCUGUUUACAGAUCCCCCCCACUCCCCCCUCCUAGCUCAGCUGUCGGACUGUCCCACCCGCAGCCCCGGACCAUGGCGGAGAGAAGUGGCCGGCUGAGUUUCCCCGGCAGCGGGGCGCUCAACAGACCGGUGCCCAUGAACCUGUUUGCAACCUGGGAGAUAGAUGGAUCCUCCCCAAACUGCAUACCGAGAUUGUGCAGCUUGACGUUGAAGAAGCUGGUGGUGAUGAGAGAACUUGAUAAAGAGCUGAUCUCUGUGGUCAUCGCAGUUAAAAUCCAGGGCUCCAAGCGGAUUUUGAGGUCCCAUGAGAUAGUGCUGCCACCCAGUGGGUCCGUGGAGACUGAUCUGGCUCUCACCUUCUCACUGCAGUACCCGCACUUCUUAAAACGAGAAGGAAACAAGCUGCAGAUUAUGCUCCAAAGGCGGAAGAGAUACAAGAACCGGACUAUCUUGGGCUACAAAACUCUGGCAGUGGGCUCUAUUGAUAUGACUGAGGUGAUGCAGCACCCGACGGAGGGAGGCCAGGUUCUUCCUCUCUGCAGCAACCAGAAAGACAUGCUGGGCAAAGUGGCAGAGAUCUGGAUCUUUUCCCUGUCCAGUCAGCCAAUAGACCACGAGGAGGCAGCUCUGCAGGGGGGGCAGAAGAUCAAAUGCUCCGAUAACUACUCAGAGGAAGAGUACGAGAGCUUCUCCUCAGAGCAGGAGGCCAGCGAUGAUGCCGUGCAGGGACAGGAUCUCGAGGAUGACGAGUACGACGUGCGAAAGCCAAAGAAGCAGAGGAGGUCGAUUGUAAGGACCGCUUCCAUCACCAGACAGCAGAACUUUAAGCAGCGAGUGGUGGCUCUUCUGAAGCGCUUCAGAGUUUCGGAUGAGGUGCUGGACUCGGAGCAGGACCCUGCGGAGCCGCCUCCUGAGGUGGAGGAGGAGGAUCUGGACCUGGACAGCGUGGAGUUUGAGAACCCCAGCGACAGUGGCCCGGAGCUGGAUGAUGACGACAGCGUUCUCAGCACACCAAAACCCAAACUCAAGCCAUAUUUUGAGGGUCUUUCCCUCUCCAGCUCUCAAACUGAGAUUGGCAGCAUCCACAGCAGCCGGAGCCACCGGGAGCCUCCCAGCCCGAUUGACCCAGAUAAAACUAAGUGUGGUGGAGCCAAGUUUCAGGAUGACAAUGUUUCUGAUAACGCCUCCUUUGAGCAGCCGGAGGCGGUGACUCCGACCACAGAGCUAGAGAUGGACAACAUGGACACGUUUCUAGAGAGACUGCCACCAAGUGGCAAAAUGACCAAGACAGAGUCCUUAAUCAUUUCAUCCAACAGGCAGGAACCAAAGUUGGCAGGGAGGCGAGGCAGAAGCACGUCGCUGAAGGAACGUCAGCCCAGCAGGCCGCAGAAUGAGAGGGCCAACAGCCUUGACAAUGAGCGGUCCCUGGACACACGCUGCCAUCUACAGAUCCCAAGAAAGACUGUAUAUGACCAACUAAACCACAUCCUGGUUUCUGACAGCCAUCUCCCUGACAGCAUCAUCCUCAUCAACACGUCAGACUGGCAGGGCCAGUAUCUUUCAGAUAUGCUGCAAAACCAUCAUCUACCGGUGGUCUGCACCUGCACCACGGCCGACAUCCAGGCUGCGUUCAAUACCAUCGUCUCCCGCAUACAGAGAUUCUGCAACUGUAACUCUCAGACGCCCAUUCCCAUAAAGAUCGCAGUGGCGGGAGCGCAGCACUAUCUCAGUGCCGUCCUGAGGCUUUUUGUGGACCACCUCUCCCAUAAGACCCCUGACUGGCUCGGCUACAUGAGGUUCCUCAUUAUCCCUCUAGGUGCACAUCCCGUCUCCAAAUAUCUGGGAACCAUUGACUAUCGAUACAACAGUUUGUUCCAGGAUGCUGCUUGGAGGGACCUGUUUCUCAAACCAGAGGCUCCUGUUGUUGUCCAGGAGAACCCAGAUGUGGUUUCGAGGGUAACGCAGUACAUGGUGGGAGCUAACGGAGCUCACCAGCUUCCUAUUGCAGAGGCCAUGCUCACCUACAAACAGAAGAGGAAAAAGAGCUUUCAUUUUGAUUUUGCAGUAAGCCCUGACGAGGACUCGUGUCAGAAAUUCAUCCCUUUCAUUGGGAUGGUGAAAGUUGGACUUGUGGAGCAAACGUCUGCAACGUCAGGAGACUCUGACGAUGCAGCACCUAUGGGCUCCUCGCUGCUCUCCUCUACUCCACCUCAAGUGUCGCCAGCACUCAAAGAGGCGUCGCCCACCCCGCCCUCCUCUCCCUCCGUCAACACCAGCUUCUGUGCUUACAGUUCCAGUGGUCAGGCGGAGCUGAUGGGACUGCAGGUGGACUACUGGGUGGCUCCGUUAGAAAGGAAGAAAGAUGUGGAGAAGCGGGACUCCUCCUCCAAAAACACUUUGAAGUGCAAUUUCCGCUCGCUGCAGGUCAGCCGGCUGCCCCUGGGGGGCGCUGAGCCGAGCACCCAGCCCACCAUGUCCAUGACAGUGGUGACCAAGGAGAAGAAUAAAAAGGUCAUGUUCCUGCCAAAAAAGAGCAAAGACAAGGAGGUGGAGUCGAAGAGUCAAGUGAUUGAGGGCAUCAGCCGGCUCAUCUGCACUGCCAAGCACCAGCAGACCAUGCUGAGAGUGCUGAUUGAUGGCGUUGAGUGGAACGAUGUCAAGUUUUUCCAGCUGGCGGCUCAGUGGUCCUCACACGUCAAACACUUCCCCAUCGGGAUCUUUGGACACUCAAAAGGCCCUUACUAGCAGCACCUAAGAGACUGAAAAGCUGAGGACAGCUCUCCUUUCCCGUCCCGUCCCGUCCCGUCCCGUCCCUCUCCCUCGUGCCAACAGCUUUUAACCUCCUCCUCUUCCUCCUCCCUGUUUUCUCCAUGCACUUGUCUAUUCUGCAGUCUUAAUUUAAGCUCCUGCUUUUACCUGUUGCAUUUGUCCGAUUAUUUAAUCUUUUGCGUGUUUUUUUAAUUUUCUAUUUAUGUAAAAACCUCUCAAGGCAAAGCUGCCAAGGGAAUAUUUCUUUACUCUGCUUUUUAAAAGAAAAAAAAAUCCUGCUGAUGUUUUUUAGAUUUUUGAGGGGAAAAAAAUCUUAAUUAUAUAAUAAUUAGUAAGACUUCUAACCUUUAAUAUACUGUAGUGCCCAUGUUUCACCCUUUGCCAUUGUUUUAUUUGGUGAGGUUGGAUUUAAGCACUUGGCCAGCACAAUUAAUCAAGAAUAUAUUAAAAUAUACAAGAGCAGCUGCCUUGUAACGAAGUGGAGGAGGUGAUGGUCAUCUGAUUUUCUAACCGUGGCGAACAGGUUUUGGAUCCUCAACUUCAGUGACUGUUGUGGACUCCAGACUCGACGUCUUAACCCCCGAAGAAGAAAAGAUAAAUGGCCCCUGAACUUUGGCUCUCUGGACUCAAUGAAGAAAUCUUAUGUGCAAUAGACUGAAUACUGUGUGAAUGCAUUUCAGAAUAAUAACCUGGCACUGUUAGUAGAGGACACCUCGCUCUUAGUUGUGACUCUCACUUUAACCCCCGCCCCUCCUCCCCUUCUUCUUUACUUUCUCCUCCUGGUAACUCGGCUCGAGGUUUGAAGAGUUUUUGCUCCAAAAUGAAGCAUGAAAUUAGAAGAUAAAGUCAAAUCGGUUGAAUAAUAGCACAAAAUUAACUACUUUUUAGACAGAAGUACAAAGAGAAAAGAGGAUAGGUUGACAUUUUGGGAAAUACUCUUAUUCACUUUUUUGCUGAGGGUUGGAUGCGAAUAUCGAUGCUACUUUUAUUUCUAUAUUGUAAAUAUGAUGCUACCAAAUUAAAAAUGUGAUGCAUGGCAGUUACCGUAAUCAAGUAAUAUUGAACUGAAUAUGAAACAUUUUGAAUAUUGAAAUAUUGCGACAAUAGUCCGACUUAGCACACAUCUCAGAGCCAGGGAGAGCAGCAGGUGAGCGAACUGUCACUCACAGCUGUCAAUCAUCGCACACAGCAGAUAUCAAAGCUACUUUAAGUCUUCAAAUCUGAUUAACGGAGCAAUAAUUUCCACCAGCACACUUAUUAGAGGGCUUAUCGAAUUUAGCAAUUGAGAUCAUAAAGACUUAUAAUUGACCUAGUAUUUCUAGAGAGAAGUUGGCCCUUUUUGAAUGAGAGUCUGUUGGAGCGAGCAUUAAGCGGCCGUCGUGGUUUUGCACUUUAAGGUCUUUCAGCUUCAAGCUGCGGCAGUUGCACAAAAACCACAUAAAACCACAAUUUAUCAGUCUUACACUUUGGU